GUGUAGUGGAAAAAAGUAAAUAAAUAAAAUUAAAAAAAAAACCGAGUCAACAAGAACCCGUACGCCGCCAUCUUAUUCGAUAAUAGGGUUUUUUUAACGUUGUCACGUCUGAUCCGCCGUUAGUUCACCGGUACUUCGAAUCAUCCUCCGACCGUUUCACACAUCAAAAUGGGAAAUGUUUUCGCAAAUUUGUUCAAAAAUUUAUUCGGUAAAAAGGAAAUGAGAAUACUUAUGGUAGGGUUGGAUGCAGCUGGUAAAACUACUAUUUUAUACAAACUGAAAUUAGGUGAAAUUGUUACAACUAUACCAACUAUUGGUUUUAAUGUGGAAACGGUCGAGUACAAAAAUAUCAGUUUUACAGUAUGGGAUGUCGGUGGACAAGACAAAAUCCGACCUCUUUGGAGGCAUUAUUUCCAGAACACACAGGGUUUGAUAUUCGUAGUAGACAGUAAUGAUAAAGAGCGUAUAUUCGAAGCUAAAGAAGAACUAAUGCGAAUGCUUGGCGAAGACGAACUUAGAGAUGCUGUACUAUUGAUAUUUGCUAACAAACAAGACUUGCCAAAUGCCAUGAAUGCUUCUGAAAUUACCGAUAAAUUAAGUUUACACACAUUGCGUAAUCGUAACUGGUAUAUUCAAGCAACGUGUGCAACUAGUGGUGAUGGUUUGUAUGAAGGUCUUGAUUGGCUGUCAAACCAAUUGAAGAAUGCCAAUCGUUAACCGACUAUGGACUACAUAAAUAUUAUAAAUAAUAAUUCAAAAAAAACUGUUUGUAAUUCAAGAAAACAAGUCUUAAGUAUAGAAAAUACAAGAACUUUUUUUUUUACUCCAGCUGAAUUAAUAUUAUCAAACGAGUUCUUCUAGUAUAACCAGUAGUCCAUUUAUUAAAAUCCUUAGCAUGUUUUAUCAUAAAAUAAUGAUCAAAGCUGUUUCAAUGAACUGUUUGAUAAUUAUUAAUUUAUAUAAAAAAAAUAAUUAAUUAAUAAAAACUUAUUCAGAAAAGUUUAUAAUUAUAUUUACUAUUAUAACUUUCCUUACAACAAAUAUAUUUUGUAACUGUAUUGUGUCUAAAUUUUAUAAUACAGAAAAUAAUUUUUGUUAUGUUGAUUUCUACACAUUAUUAUUAUUAUUUUAGCUUUAUUUGGAAAUUAUUUUUAGCUUAAACACAUUUUUUUAUUAGUGUAUACAUUUUUUUUUAUAUAAAAAUUAUAUACCCUGAAACCGCUAUAUAAAAAUUAAUAUGUAUAAUUUUUCCUUUAUAAGUUAAACAGAAGCUGAUUUUUUUUUUUGUAAAUAAAAUUACUAUUUAUAUUACUAUUUAAAGUUUAAACAUAUGUUUGGAUAUUAUUUUAUAACUUUGGUAUCGUUUGCCCCAUCCAUUUGGUUUUAAGUUGUACAUAACUGUUUUGAGUUAUUAUGGAAGUACAAGUUUAUAGAAUAAAAGUGGAUGGAUUUAUUUAUUA